AUGGCAUUGGCCUCAAGUUUUCUCAGUCCUUUUGUUACUCCGAUUGCUUUUAAUCUCAACACUAAGAUCACGAGUGGUGGAAAUGCGUGGAACAACCUGGGAUUUAACAAGUCGGCCGAUUUGAAGUUAAACCAAAAGAUCCAUGCAAAGGGGUUUAGAGUGAAUUGUAUAGUCCAAAUAGAGAAGCCACAGACUGAGAGCAAAUCAUAUUCAGGGGACCAAGUUGAUCAAAUUGACACUAAUGGAGCUCCGACUAGUGAUCGUCAAAAUCAGCCACGCCAGCCCAGUUUGUCCACAUUGGUAGUGGAUUACCAUAAUGAAUUUGAUCCUUAUAAAGCAACCUCUACACCAAUUUACCAAACUGCUACUUUUAAACAGCAAUCUGCAAUAGAGGCUGGUGAAUAUAUGUAUUCUAGAAGUGAAAAUCCUACCAGAGAUACUUUGGAAAGGUUAAUAGCAAAGCUUGAAAAUGCAAGUAAAGCCUAUUGCUUGAGUAGUGGAAUGUCUGCAUUGACUGUUGUUUUUGAACUUGUUAAGCCUGGAGAUGAAGUUGUUGCUGUAGAGGAUAUAUAUGGUGGUUCACAUAGAUUCCUGAGCGAACUAGUUUCAAGAAAAGAAGGAGUCGAAUUGAACCGAAUAGAUGCAACUGAUCUGGAGAAGGUGAAAUCUACUCUUGAACGUGGGAGGACUAGGUUGGUGUGGCUAGAGAGUCCUACAAAUCCUCAGCUAAAAAUAUGUGAUAUUCGAAAAAUUUCGGAGAUGGCUCAUGAACAUGGUGCUAUAGUAUUGAUGGACAAUAGUGUGAUGUCUCCUGUGUUAUGUCGACCAUUGGACCUUGGAGUAGAUAUUGUUGUCAAUUCAGCUACCAAAUUUAUUUCUGGAAACAGUAAUGUCAUGGCUGGUGUCGUUGCAACAAAAGAUGAAGAGUUGGCAAGCCACUUAGAGAAUCUGAAAAAUGCAAUAGGCAGUGCCUUAUCUCCAUUUGACUCCUGGCUUUGUUUGGAAGGAAUCAAAACAAUGGUCCUUAGAGUUGAGAAGAAACAGGAGAAUGCAAAAAAGGUCGCUGAGUAUCUUGCCCAACAUCCUCAAGUAAGGAAAGUAAACUAUCCUGGUCUUUCUGAUCAUCCUGGGUAUGAACUGCACAACUCUCAGGCAGAUGGGCCAGGAUCUGUGCUUAGCUUUGAAACACACUCAUUUCCACUCUCAAAGCAUAUUGUUGAGAAGACCGAACACUUUGGCAUAACUGUUAGUUUUGGGAGUGUAGGGUCAGCAAUAUGCAUGCCCUGGUUUACAUCCCAUGCCAGCAUACCUGAAGCAGAGCGUGAAUCCAUGGGAGUAUGUCAAGAGCUUGUGCGUCUUUCUGUGGGGAUUGAGGAUCCUGAUGAUCUUAUUGCUGAUCUGGACAAUGCAUUCUCAACUUAUCCCACUAAGGUUUCAUUUUGGUUUUAA